AUGGGCACGAAACAAUGGAUUCUCUUACUAGGUCUUGUGCUGAAUAUCUGCCAGCAUGCUUUCGCAUUUGGACGUACUAGCUGCAUCAUUCCACUAGAGAAUAAAUGUGACUUUAUUUGCGACUGUAAAGACUGCAGUGAUGAGCAGGACUGUGGUUACAGAGGACCGGACUAUGUGUGUGAUUUUGAGCACGAGGGAAUGUGUGGAUGGACGGUCAGGUCGGAUGAGGGCGGGUACAUGUGGCAGAGACAGCAGAGUGGACAAACGCUUCCUGACAGCGGGCCGUCCUCAGACUACACCACAGGCACCUCCACAGGCUGGUUUAUGGCAGUGACUGCUGUAUCAUCAGACUCUCCCAGAACUGCUGUGCUCAUGUCCCCCAAAAUAAAACACUCAUCCCCCACCUGUCGCAUUCGGCUCAGAUACUUCAUCUGGGACGCAGGUCACACAGGUCUCGGUGAUGCCCCUCUGUGGGGAUCGGUGUGGACCGCUGAUGGUGAGGAGGCUGUGGUGUGGAGGCCAGAAGGUACCAGUGUCCGUGGCUGGAGGGAGGCCACGAUCUACCUGGGUCGUAUCCUGCGUCAUUUCCAUGUCCACUUUCAUUCCAGACGCAGAGAAGGGAAGCAGGGAGACGUGUCCAUCGAUCAACUGGAAUUCCUAGACUGUGCCCUGCCAGUUCCAUCUGUAAGUGGGUCGUGCGGUCCUGGUUAUGUGAAGUGUAAGAAUGACGGUUGUGUGGAGGACUAUAAGGUGUGUGACAGUACGGAUGACUGUGGUGAUGGAACAGAUGAAGAGAAUUGUGACCUGUACACGGGCUGUAACUUUGAGGAUGGCCUUUGUGGGUGGGACCUAAGAACAUUUUCAUCCAUAAAAUGGACAAGGACCAAUCAGAUGAACAUAUCGUUGUCUAAGCCUCUGAAAGGACCUGGGAGAGACCACUCAACUAAUACAGUGGCAGGACAUUUCUUGUAUGUAACCAAACCGGACGUAUUGAAGAGUGAUUGGACAUCUUUUCAAAGCCCUCCUCUCUUACCAACCAAUCACACACAUCCAUGUCAGAUGGUGAUGUACACACAUCAGUUUGGUCGUGUGUCCGGUGGACUGUCAGUGUUGGUGGCGGAGAGACAGAUCUACCCUGUGUGGAAGCGUGGAGGUUCUCUCGGGGAUCUGUGGGUAAAGGCAGAGGUGGAACUUGUGGUCAAUAGCACCUUCCAGAUUAUGUUUGUGGCUGCCAUACGGGACCAGGAGUAUGGAGGGGUCGCUAUUGAUGAUAUUGUAUUGUCUCCUGAAUGCCGCUUCACCAAUGAAUCAAUGCCACAGCCAGACUAUCCAAAAUCUCCCGCUCACCCCUGCACGGAGGAGAGUAAGAUCUGUGACUUUGCAGUGGAUUGUGUGAAUGGAGACGAUGAGGCUCAAUGUGGGGACUUCUUUUAUGUGAAUGGCAGCUCUGGUUGGACAGAUAUCAGCAUAGGAAACCAUGCCUGGGAUGUAAAACUUGAGUAUAACGACUCCAUCAAAGAGGAGUUUCUGUAUGUGACUUCUGCCCCUGGGCAACAGCUAACCGAAGCUCAAACUCGUACCCCUCUCCUGGGCCCAUCAGGUCCUGUGUGCACCAUGCAGUUCUCCUACAGUCUCACCGGCAGAAAUCCACACAUAGGUGAGCUGUCGGUAUAUGUUGUAGACAGCGUGUUAGGGACUUUGCCUGUGCUGUGGGAGUUUGCAGGGAGGACCAAUGAGACGGCAGGGAUUUGGGUAAAGCAGGAUGUCUACAUUGGAGCCAGAGAACACCGCUUUCAGUUGGAGUUCAGUGCUCGUGCUGAAGAGCUCUCCUCAGAUACGCAGGUCGCAGUGAAGGACAUUCACUAUAUCGACUGCCAUCGAGACUUUAUCCCCUCCAAUGAUCUGUCGUGUAAUUUUGAGGUAAAUUUGUGUGGGUGGUACCAGGACCAGACGGAUAAUUUUGACUGGAGUCUGAACAGUGGAAUGGAUCACACCAUCUUUGAUGGUAGAAGUCUGAUGGUGGACAUGUGGGACAUUUCACUGCGAGGUCUUUCUGGACGUCUUCUUUCUAUUAGACAGAAUGCCAUUAACACCGAGCAUUGCCUCUCCUUCUUCUACAAACUCUAUGGACCGAACACAGGUGCUCUCGCUGUAAAGUUGUUAUUUGAGGAUGGCACAGAAGACUUGCUAUGGAUGCGCAGUGGUGCCCAUGGCAAUGUCUGGCACGAGGGCCAUUGCAUUGUGCCUCCUCAGCUCACCGCCUUUCAGUUGGUUUUUGAGGCCGUACGCUCUGGUUUCGACGGUCAGUUGGCUUUAGAUGAUGUGGUCUUUGUGACAGGCUCGUGUUCUUUGCCCACUAUGUGCUCGUUUGAAAGUCAGACCUGCGGCUACAUCAGUUCUGGAAGAGCCAGAUGGGUCCAUCAGAAUUAUGCAUCAAGCGGAAGCGGUCCAGAGACCGAUCGCAGCCUGGAGACGCAAAAGGGAUUCUACAUGUUGGCACACAGUGGUGUGGAUGUUCUUUCCCAGGGCAGUAAGACGACCUUGACCUCACCUGUGCGCAGAGGUUUGAGUCACACUGAAUGUGUGCACUUCUGGUACCACACAGGAGGAGAGAAUCCAGGCACUCUUAAUGUUUACGUGAAGCCGUCUGAGGGAAACAGGAUUAGGUUGUUUUCCAACAGCCUAGGGCAGGGCAAUGCUUGGCAUCGUGGUCAGGGCAAUGUCAGUUGGCAUGGGAACUGGCAGCUGCAGUUCGAGGUGGAGGGCGGUGGGGGCCAAAACACUUACAUUGCCAUUGAUGACAUCACCUACUCAACACACAGCUGUCCUACAGCAGAUAACACCUGUGAUUUCGAGAGAGGUCUGUGUGGUUGGUCCAACACUCAGAGACCGUCUGUGGACUGGUUAGAUUGGGAUCUGACUAAUGUGCAAGCUGAGAAGUUCUACAGCACACCACCAUAUGAUCACACAUUACACACAGAUGAAGGUCACUUCCUGUUCCUUCCUAACUCCCAGCGUGACACUGCUAACCAGAAUGCUUGGCUGCUGAGUCCUCAUCUCGCAUCAACCAAAGGAACCUGCCUGAGUUUUUGGGUCUAUCAGCCAACAAUGUCUGACAGUAAACUCAUUGUGUGGAGGCUGUCUGGAGGGGCCAUGCACGAAUUGCUGAGACUGCAUGAGGGGGGUGGAAACUGGAAAUAUUUCAGUGCGAAUAUCACCUCAGACACAGAGUACCAGAUUGUUUUGGAGGGGUUUAAAGGAGAGAAAGGUGUUCUAGCCCUGGAUGACAUACAGUACACGGUUGGGGUAAACUGUGCCGGGCAGAAGACAGACACGACAUCCUCACCAUCCUCCAGCAACACUGGAGCAAUAGUGGCAGCUGUCAUUGUCUCUGUUCUUCUCUUGGUCACUCUCUCUGCCUUGCUACUCUUCUACCUUAAAAACAAACAGAGAUCAAGAGCUUUAGACUCAAACCGAUCUGUUGUCAACUGCGCUGGCUUUGGCAAUGAACUGUAUGAAUCUGAUCAGACUGAACAGUAGGAACAAGUGAAUACGGUAGCGUGAGAAGCUCUUUAAGUGAUUGUGCUACCUUCUGGCAGGCUUCGGGCAAGACAGGCAACAUCACAGCAGGAGAACUGCUUGUGUCGCCGUGGCAGGACUAGCCCGGUCAUCAAAUCUGCAAAUAUACGAACAACUUAUUGUUUAUAAUUUAAACAUCAUAAUGAUAGCUUUAUGAUUGAAUCGAAAUGUAUUACAGAAGUAUAGUGGGAUGUUUAUCCAUACAAGUAGUCCCAUCCAAAUUUGUGUGAAAAUAGAGGAAAAAGUUAAGUACAGAUACUGAAAAAGCAAGCAACGAAUGGUCCAUAGAUAUUUGUGAUAUUAGAUGUCCAUAAUGUAUGUUGUUAGAGGUUUGAGUGGUCCGGGUAACAUGUUGUGAGUUUACCGUGGCAGAGUCUAAGACAGAUUUGACCUGUGGAUGAUUUCUUACUUUUCUCUUGUGCAGAAUAGCACACGGUCGAGAAAGAAUGCACUCAAUUCAUAAUGGAACAAUGCACCAUUUUGUUCAUUUUUUGUUAAAGGGCAGGCAAAAGGUGCAAAUUAAAUAUGUCAUUUCCAAUUUAUAAUGACGGUAGGGUUUGAGAGAGUUAACAAAUGAAUG